UGAGGUGUGCAAUGCUACAUGCUAAGGAGAAAAACUAACAAAGGAAAAAGAUAGGAACCAGGAAGCACGCUUCAUGUUCUCGGUACGGUAACCACGAAGGAGGUUAUAUAAAAGCCACACCCACCCCCGGAGAGGGAGUCUGUUACUUGGCCCCAUUUUUCAGAUGAGGAAACUGAGGCAGGUUGCCCAGGAAGUGGCAGUGCUGAAUUCUCAGCUUGGGCAGGCUAGUGCCAGGGGGCUUUUUACGGAGGGGAGAGGGGCUGCGGAGUGGAGACACUAUGAAGAACCAGGUGGAAUGAGGGGGCGGGACUCUUUCUCCACUUAAAGGGGCCUUUUCUUAAGAUGGGCAGAGCCGUCUCCACCUCCCUAGGGGAAUAGGCCAGGUUGAAUUAUUCAGAGGUCCUCGGUUCCUUCAUUCGCUGACGGAGCCCCAGGAGUGGAGGCCAACUCAGUCACCCUCCAGUCCCUCUGCCACAAGGACUGCCCUGCGGGAGCAGGGGGCGGCCCUUUAAGGCCAGCCCUGGGGCAGGCAACGUGAUCGGGGAUCGCCAAGUUCAUUCAUCCUGGGGCCCCUGCUGACUCACGCUUAUGAAAGUGAUUUUUCUGGCCCCGCCUGCCGCCUGCCUCUUCCCAACUCUUGAAAUACCCUCGCUUGCCUUAGCCUCUCACAGUCUCUUGGAUCCCCACGGGGUAAUGGGUGUCCUGCUCCUUUGUCAGGCACCUUGAUUUCCUGGCUUUCCUAGUGUCCAAUCAGGCCAGGCUCAUCGGUCUCCUUUGACCUCCUGCCAAUCAGGGAGGACCUUGGACUCAACCUCGAAGGCCACAGAAGGACACUCUACAUGCGGGAAGGAACCCUAUGACACCCGAGGCUCACCCAGUGGCCCUUCCUCCUCUAUGCCCCUAGGUCAGCUGCCAGUCCCCAACCCCCCGCCAGCUACAGCCAUGAGCAGCUGGAGGAAGGACCACCUCGGUGCCAGUAGUUCGGAGCCUCUCAAGGUCAUCAUCAUCGGCAAUGGUCCCUCUGGCAUCUGCUUGUCCUACCUGCUCUCUGGCUACACCCCCUAUGUGAAGCCAGACGCCGUCCACCCACACCCCCUGCUGCACAGGAAGCUCACUGAGGUGCCGGGGGUCUCCAUCCUGGACCAGGACCUGAGUUACCUGUCCGAAGGCCUCGAAGGCCGAUGCGAAAGCCCUGUGGCCCUGCUCUUCGAUGCCCUCCUGCGCCCAGACACAGACUUUGGGGGAAAUAUGGAGUCCGUCCUCAUGUGGAAGCACCAGAAGGAGCGAGCCAUCCCCCAUGUGGUCCUGGGCCGGAACCUGCCCGGGGGAGCCUGGCAUUCCAUUGAAGGCUCCAUGGUGACCCUGAGUCAAGGCCAGUGGAUGGGGCUCCCGGACCUGCAGGUCAAGGACUGGAUGCGCAGGAAGAGAAGAGGUCUUCGUAACAGCCGGGCCACAGCCGGGGACAUUGCUCACUACUACAGGGACUAUGUGACCAAGAAGGGUCUGGGCCACAACUUCGUGUCUGGUGCAGUGGUCACGGCUGUGGAGUGGGGGAUGCCUGAGCCCAGUGGCUCUGAGGCCCGGAACCCCAGACCCCUCUUCCAGGUGAGCGGCUUCCUGACCUCUAAAGACCAGAGCCAGCAGCCCUUUUCCCUGUGUGCCCACAACGUGGUCCUGGCCACUGGCACAUCCGACAGCCCGGCCCGGCUGGGCAUCCCCGGGGAGACCCUGCCCUUUGUCUACCACGAGCUGUCAGCCCUGGAGGCCGCCACAAGAGCAGGCACAGUGACACCAGCCUCGGACCCCGUCCUCAUCAUCGGUGCAGGACUGUCAGCGGCCGACGCGGUCCUCUAUGCCCGCCACUACAACAUCCCCGUGAUCCACGCCUUCCGCCGGACUGUGGAUGACCCUGGCCUAGUCUUUAACCAGCUGCCCAAGAUGCUGUACCCCGAGUACCACAAGGUGCACCAGAUGAUGCGGGAACAGUCCAUCCUCUCACCCAGCCCCUACGAGGGCUACCGCAGCCUCCCUGAGCACCGGCCACUCCUCUUCAAGGAGGACCACCAGGCUGUGUUCCGAGACCCCAAGGGCCUCCAGAAGGUCUUUGGCGUCUCCCUGGUGCUUGUCCUCAUCGGCUCCCACCCAGACCUCUCCUUCCUCCCGGGGGCAGGCACUGACCUCGCCGUGGACCCCAACCAGCCACUGAGUGCCAAGAGGAACCCCAUUGAUGUGGAGCCCUUCACCUACCAGAGCACACAGCAGGAGGGCCUGUAUGCUGUGGGGCCGCUGGCUGGGGACAACUUUGUUCGGUUUGUGCAGGGUGGGGCCCUGGCCGUGGCCAGCUCCCUGCUGAGGAAGGAGGCCAGGAAGCCGCCCUAGCCCUUGGCCUGACAGACAUCCUCGCGCCCAUGCCCUAAAGAGGAAGGGAGAUCACCACAGCCCUGCUGGACACAAGAUGCCCCAGUGAGGGAAGGGGGCCUCUCCCAGCAGGAGACAGGAAUGGCCAUGAGCCCAUGCAACAGGCUUCUCAGAUGAAGGGGAAUGGGGAACCCCGGCUGCCUGAACUCAGACCAGUGCCCAGGGUGGGAAGAGUGGCUGCAGGUCAGCAGAGGCUCAGACCUGUGAUUUGGGGCGAAUGCUGCCAAUGUGAGUGGGGAUCACCAGAGCCAGCUGAGCGCUGAGUGCUGAGCCAGGAGGAAUCCAGGCCCCGUUCCUUCCAGAAUCAAGUCCCAAAUAAAAUCAGCACCUGCCUCCA